AAGUGAUGACGAAACGAUACCGAAAAGCCCACGAAAAUGCAGAAAGAAUUUUUCAUUCAUUUUUUUGCCCUUAGUAUCCCGUCCCUCAUUGACAUUUCUCUCCCCCACUGUACCACUGAGAGGAAGUAUUUUAUACGGUCAAACACACUAUCAGCUUCGAACACGUUGGGUCGUUAUGUCAUUGGCAUUUCUCGUUUUUCUUUUUAUUAGUUGUUUUUUCAGACCGAUCCCAACUCCACUACGAAGACCAUAUCUUAAAAGAAAAUUGUUUCCAAUAUGAGUAAUGAAGAAAACGAAGAAAAACAAAGAUCUGUUUUAGAACAAGGAAAAUUUGGGUACAAAUUCACUAACUGGUCCAAGACGUUCUCCUGCAAACCAGAAUUAUUUUUUGAACCUCGCACAACUGAGGAAAUUAAACAGAUUUUAUUGACAGCAAAAAAGUUGAAGCGUUGUGUUAGAGUUUGUGGAGCUGGCCAUUCACCAUCAGACAUUGUGUGCACCUCUGAUUUUCUUAUUGAUUUGAAAAAAUAUAACCAAGUCCUUAAGGUGAAAAUAUAUGCAUUUAGUCAAACUGUUGUCAGUCUCCAGUUGAUGACUGCUGGUGGUGUUAUUCUGGAAUGUAGUAAAACCAAAAAUGAGGAAAUUUUCCACUCAGUUCUGUGUGGCCUUGGUGCAUUUGGUGUUAUUUUAAACAUAACUUGGCAGUGUGAACCAGCCUUUAACUUGCAUGAGAAAACAAUGUCCUGUCCCUUGGAUGAGAUGCUUGGUAAGCUUGAUCAGGAGCUGCAUAGCUGUGACCACUUUAAGUUCUUCUGGUAUCCUCACACUGAUAUGGUAAAUGCAAUAUAUGUUACCAGGACAAAGGAGCCUCCAACCAAGCCUAAAGGAAGCUGGUUAUGGGAUUCGUUGUUUGGAUUUUAUCUUCUCGAGUUUCUUUACUGGAUGAGCUCGUUUUUCCCAAGUAUGGUUCCAUUUAUCAACAAGCUCUAUUUCAAUAGUUUAUUCAAAAAUUCAAAAGAACGUAUUGACAAAAGCUACAAGAUAUUGAAUUUCAAUUGUUUGUUCAAACAAUAUGUUACUGAGUGGGCUGUAUCGAGAGAUAAAACUGCACACGUGCUCAGGCGUUUGAGAGACUGGACAGAAACCAGUGGUAUUUAUGUACAUUUUCCAGUUGAAGUACGCUUUGUCAAAUCAGAUGAUAUAUAUCUUAGUCCGUGCUACAAGAAGGACAUGUGUUUUAUUAACAUAAUUUGUUAUAGACCUUAUGGCAAAGACAUCCCACACGACAAAUGGUGGAGUUUUUACGAGAACCUAAUGACCUCAGUAGGUGGUGUGCCACAUUGGGCCAAGGCCCACAACUUAACUACAUCACAUUUCGAAAGGCUUUAUCCCAUGUUUCGCAAGGCGCGAGAAAUUUGCAUAAAGUUGGACCCGGAUGGAACAUUUCGAAACCAAUAUGUCAACCGAGUAAUGUUCGAGUCCGUAUAAUAUCAUACCAAGCUGAAAUAAUCCAUCUGGUAGAACUUAGAUGCUGGAACAACACUGCUGCUCAAGUAUAAUGUGGAUUGUAACGAUUUGAAAAUGGAAAGUUCAUUGCAUGCAUACAUGUAUGAUGCAAUCAGUGACACGUUACGUCAUCGCCGCCAUAUUGGUGGUUGUUAGCAAAAAUUCAUGUGCAACAGCAAUAAUUCAUCUGCAUCCAGAGAUGACAAUAACAAAGCCUCAUUAGCUUCUCUUGUUAGAUCAACCAACAUGGUGGCUGUUUUAUUGUUAUUCUCGAGGGAUUUUGAGUCGUGUGGCUGAACUCCAAGAAUACGCCAACGUGACUCUCUUGGAAAUAAUUGCUAACUAUCACUCACUGCCUCCCAAAGGGAGUUAUUGCACUAGCCUAUGUUAAGCGACCAACCCUAAUUUUGCGUUCACUUGACCGUACUCUCGAGGGUGGUCGCUUAAUACAGGUUCUGCUGUACUUUAAAAGUAAAGGCCUUACGUAAUGUAUUGCGCUACGGGAAAGGGCCAGUACCUUACAAAUAAAGGCGCAAUAUCGCUCUGGGAAAUAUAUGAUAAGUAUACAUGUCA